UCACUACUUGCAGAAUUAAUCAAGCUAUCUCCAGCCCAAGGAUUGCCAACUCAUAAGUUAACAAUGGCAACAGGCACAUCAAAAAUCAUUCAAAGUGUUAAUCAUCAGGAAUUCUUUUUAAGUGCAACAUUUUCAACCACAACUGCAAUGCAUCAGUCAGAUUGUGACGAACGCUGUAAAGUUGAUGGUAAUGAGUGCAGUGUAACUUUUACUGUCACCAAUCUUGAGGAUGUUUCUGCCGGCCACGCUGAAGAAGGUCACCUUCUUAUCCAUCUUGAGGAACUUGUGAAUAAAGAAGAGUAUAAAUGUGACCAGAAAGACGAUGAAAAAGAGGACGAAGAAGAGAAAGAUUUAACUAGUUUAACAUGGCUCACCGAGUUACGUAACCAACCAAUUACUUUGGUUAACAUGCCUUUAGAUGAAGCUGAAGAAAUCAAAAACAAAUCUCAAGGCCAGAUUUCUAAGAACUCCCAAUAUAUGCCGCAAGAAACUGGAAGACAAUUUUGUCAGUUUCAGUGCCCAGUAAAAAAAUGCGAUUUAAGUAACGGAAGCUUAAGUGGUGCAUGGGUUAACCGAAAAAAUCGGGAAGAGACUGAAAUAUUAAAUCAUCAAAAGGAAGCGAAACGACCCACGCCAAUUGAACGUUUCGAAGUAUUCUUAAACAAGGUCAAAAGGGAUCUUGAAAUUUACCAACAAUCAGCAAAUGCCUACCAAAACGAUGCUAAUGAAAAACCUCCUUUUAACUAUUCCCAUAUUAUUGGAAUGGCUAUGCUGGAAAACGGACGGCGCGUUACUCUGCAGCAAAUAUGUGCUUGGAUAGAGUUGAAAUUUGCUUUCUUCCGUGUUCGGAAAAAGUGGAAUAAUUCAAUUCGUCACAACUUGUCAUUGCAUCCCUGCUUUCGCAAAAUUGGUCGAAAUAAAGAUGAUAAAGGCAAAGGUGGCUAUUGGGAAUUAGCUGUAGAUCCGAAAAAAUGCGAUCGUAAACGUAUACGCAAUAGGAAGUCAAUAUUAAGGACUAUCAACAAAAAUAACAAUAGUAUCACUAACAAAUCGCUAAAACUCAAUGAUAUGCAACGUUCGAUGCUGUCCACAUAUUUUUGCGAGAAUAAUUAUGCAAACCAAUGCAAUGAAAGAGAUAGAAUUAUUUUUGAUAUUGUGGAUGCUCGACAGAAUGGGGAUGGAAACUCUAUCACUACAGCUAAUACAAAUAAAAAGGAUUGUUUCUUAACACCGACUUUUCCGCAGAAUCAUCAGCAGCAAGCCGAAAUUGACUGCCACGAAAAUGAUGUAUUCAUAGCCGGUUUAAUCAACAAGCCGGUUCAUGAAACUUCGGAAGCGAAGCAAAAGCAAUAUAAUGAACAAGGCCAAGACUACACUUUUGGAACAAUUAUUAUAAGCACCUCUCAAAUGGCCGAUCUAGCAGAUAUUCAUCAGUUGAAACCAACCGCAUUUGAUUACAUCAUUAAUCACACCAUGGACAAUGAAGCAUCACCGAAACAACCUUACAGUUGCCCGUACGCUGGCGACGAAAAUGCUCCUGCAUACAAUAAUUUGCUCACAUCCCAAAGUUUUGCAGAAGUGGAAAGGCGGAAAUUCGAUUCUGAUUUUCCUAAAACAAUUAGCGAAUCCACCAGCCAAAUGCAGCUAAAAUUAACUCAGGAACGAGGGAAAAACGUUAUUGUCGAACAAUUAGUUCAACCAUCGUCAGCUACAUGUGUUACUGUUACACCAGGCUUAUAUACGAUAAACACUGCAUACCCGACCCAGCUUUCAACAUCAACUUCGAUAUCUUCCUCAAAGCAGUAUCACGCUUCCACUGUUCCCAUAAGUGAUUGUUGUCAAAAUUCAGUCACUGAUAACUUUUCAUAUUAUGUUGAUGGAAUUGACGAAGCUUUUCAAUAUCUGCGAAGUAUUGAUACCACCCGUAACGAAGAUACUUUGGACAACUUUCUUGAUAUAUCCGUGGGCGAUUAUUAA